CUCUCUCUCUCUUUCUCUCUCUCUCUCUCUCUAUACCAUAUCUAACCUCUUUAAACUCACUUGUACACCUCUUCCACACACAAGAUUGCUUCAAAAGACUUGUGUGAACUCCAUGAAACCAACAAGAAGAGCAACUUUUAGCAUCUAAUGCUACAAAAUCCACUAAAAAUGAAUCUUGUUCCUUGCUUCAUCAAAGCUCUUCUACUUACCACAACACUACUCUUCACCUUAUCAGAAUCAAGAAACUGCAACAACACAGAUCAUCUUCUCAUCAUAAAGGCCUUUGCUUCAGUCUCCAACUUCAACUCUUCAUGGGUCCACUGCUCAAACUCAUCAAUCUCAAACAUCAACCUGUCUUCAAGAAACCUCAUAGGUACUCCCUCAUGGAACUUCAUCAAAAACAUGACUCAUCUUCAUACCAUUAACCUCUCCAACAACUCUCUUAAAGGCUACAUACCCACAUGGUUUUGGUCCAUUCCAAGUUUAACACAAGUCAACCUCUCACACAACAAGCUAGGUGGUACUAUCGGAUCCGAAUCCGGGUCGGGUAACCCAUCUUCAAUCCAAGUUCUCAAUCUUUCUUCCAACAGGUUCACUAACUUAGCUCAUCUUUCCAACUUCUCAAACCUUUAUGUUCUUGACAUCUCUCAUAACAACUUAAAGGUGUUACCUUUUGGUCUAAACUCUUUGAAAAAACUCCAACAUCUUGAUCUUUCUUCAUGUAACAUCUCGGGUCAUUCAAAACCCUUAUCGGAUCUAACCUCAUUGGAGUAUCUAGACAUUUCAAACAACCACAUAACCGGCACUUUUCCAAAAGAUUUCCCACCACUUUCCACCAUCAACUUCUUGAAUAUCUCAUUCAACAACUUCACUGGCUCAUUACCAUAUGAUAAACUUCAAAGAUUUGGUAACUCUUCAUUUACCAACUCAGGAAUGUUAUUCAAAGUUUCAAACUUUUCAAACCAUCAUACCAAGAAACCACAUAUCAAACCACACCAAAUUGUUUCAGCUAACACUCAUAGUAACCCUAAAGAUCCCACACCCACAAACAAAGAUAAAAAAGAUCACAAACCCAUAUCAAAAAAGAGGGUUUUCAUCAUCAUAAUCAUAUCUUCUGCAUCAGUAUUAAUAUUAUCAGCCAUGUUGGUAUCCAUAUGUUGCAUAUGUAGGAAAAGGAAGAUGGCAAAAAGAAACAAAUGGGCUAUAUCUAAACCGGUUAACCAAACUCAACCGUUUAGGGUUGAAAGAUCCGGCCCGUUUUCGUUUGAAACGGAGUCCGGGUCAUCAUGGGUGGUGGAUGUUCGUGAACCGUCGUCAGCUGCGGUGGUGAUGUUUGAAAAGCCGUUGAUGAGUUUUACUUUUAAGGAUUUGAUGGGUGCCACGUCAGAGUUUGGGAAAGAGUCCUUGCUGGCAGAAGGGAGGUGUGGGCCCGUUUACCGAGCUGUACUGCCAGGUGAUAUCCACGUGGCAGUGAAGGUGUUGGAGAGUGCUAGAGGGAUGAGUCAUGAUGAGGCUGUUUGUAUGUUUGAAGAGCUUUCGAAGCUCAAGCAUCCAAAUUUGCUUCCUAUAUCUGGUUACUGCAUUGCAGGAAAGGAAAAACUCGUGUUGUACGAAUUUAUGGCCAAUGGUGAUCUCCACCGCUGGCUACAAGAACUUCCAACGGGGAAAACAGACGUGGAAGACUGGAGCACCGACACAUGGGAAUACCCAGCCGACUCAUCAUCACCCGAAAAAAUGGAAUGGCGGACACGUCACAACAUCGCGGUGGGAAUAGCCCGCGGUCUAGCCUAUCUCCACCACGCCCAAUCCACACCAAUAGUCCACGGCCACCUGGUGCCAUCCAACAUCCUCCUAUCCGAUUACCUCGAUCCCCGAAUCGCCGACGUGGGACUGAGUCACAACCGAGUUGACUCAGCCACCACCGAUUCCGACGUGUACAGUUUCGGCAUUGUGUUAAUCGGGUUGUUGACAGGCGAAAGCGGUUCGGAUGAAACGGUAGCGAGAGCUAGAAAGUUGGUUAGGGAAGGUCGAGGGGUGGACGCGUUGGACGCACGGUUGCGACUCGGGGACAACUCAGUGAGUGAGAUGGUUGAGUGUCUCCGAGUUGGGUAUCUUUGCACGGCUGAAACACCUGGCAAAAGACCAACGAUGCAACAAGUUUUGGGGAUGCUGAAAGACAUACAUCCCGUCAUGCCCGAGUUAAACUGACCAACUUUUUGUUUAUUUUUUUGAACUUUGUUUUGUCAUGGUCUUACUUUUUUUUUUUUAAUUAUAAAAUACAGGGCUAUGAUUGCUGAAUUCAGAUGAUUAUUGCUUCAGUGGGUUGUACAUUGUGCAUAAAAAGUUGUACGUGUUA